CGGUUGCGUUCGCCACCAUGACAUCCACAUGGGCACAUCCGCUGUCAACAGCUGUCAACUCUUCAUUGUCAAAGUCACCCACCUGGAACUCGCGUUCCAUCUCUUAGUCGAGACAAUCUGCCCCACAGUCUGGGAUUUGUUCGCUGCUUUGCCAAGCCGACGUUGUGGAGCGGCCAACAUGAUUCCUUUGCUCGUCCAGCUGGCAGAAAAUGUCUCGACCAGCCUUCUUCAUUCUGAAGCUUGAUGGCUAUGUCAUGCGCGUAUAAAAGGACGGUACGAAGAAGGAUGCAAGCCACCCAGCUUCGCCUAGCUAGUCAUCGGCAUCUUUGCUUCUGCUCCUCCGGACACUUGCAGCUUCACGACAUUCAGACAUGGUCCACUUCCGCUCUUCCGCUCUGGCUGUUGCCGCCGCUGUCUUCUCCCUCAUUGGGUCCGCGGCCGCAUCUCCUCUUCCCCUCGAGGAGCGUCUGAACAACUUCCUCGCUGCUCGCAAGUCGCCCGUUGCCAAGCGUGCGACCGUCCCCGACGCGCCCCACUUCGUCGUCUACAGCGACAAGUACUCGAGCACUGAGCCUGCCAUUGCAGACAUCAACGGCUUCAACGUCUUUGCCCUGGCCUUCUUGGAGCAGUAUGGUGCUGCUGAUGACGCCCAGGUCUGGGCUGCCUUCACCGAUGACCAGCGCAAGCAAAUCGUCGACUCGUACCACGCUGCUGGCAUCUCCCUGAUCGUUUCGGCGUUCGGUUCUACGGAGAACCCGACCUCGUCUAGCUACGAUCCUGUCGCCACUGCUGACACCAUUGCUGCGUGGGUCACCAAGUACGGCGUUGACGGUGUUGAUGUCGACUACGAGGACUUCACCGCCUUCAACAAGGGUGACGGCUCCGCCGAGACCUGGCUCAUCAACUUUACCAAAGAGCUCCGCGCUAAGCUUCCCCAGGGCCAGUACAUCCUUACGCACGCGCCUGUCGCGCCCUGGUUCUCGCCCGCGCCCAAGUGGGGCGGCGGAGGCUACCUCAAGGUCAACCAAGAAGUUGGCGACAUGAUCGACUGGUACAACGUCCAGUUCUACAACCAGGGCACCUCUGAGUACGCCGACUGUGACGGUCUCCUCACCAAGUCUACCUCGGCGUGGCCGCAGAGCUCACUCUUCGAGAUCGUCGCAUCCGGCGUCGACCAGGACAAGCUCGUCAUCGGCAAGCCCGGCACAGCCACUGACGCGAACAACGGCGUCAUCGCCCCCGCCACGCUCGCCACGUGCGUCUCUCAAGCUCACGCCAAGGGUUGGAACGCUGGUGUGAUGUCCUGGCAGUACCCUGACGCUGGCUCGGCGUGGAUCACCACCGUGCGCGGCGACACCUGGCCCGUCGCCCCCGCCCCUUCUGGCUCUGCUUCCUCCACGUCUGCUUCGGCCACCUCCUCGGCCCCCGCUUCCACUGCCUCCGCUGCCCCUGCGCCCUUCCCCACCGCUUAA